UCACGUGGUGGGGCGCCGGGUCCAGCCUGUAGCUGAUGCUGCCGCGCGGUAUUCGUCAUGGAGCUGGCGCCGCGAACCUGUCCCGAGCUGCUGCUGCUGCUGCUGCUGCUGCUUCUGGGCCUGAGCACGGGUGCUGUCGUUGACAGACCCGCAGAGGAGGGCAAAGAAAUAUGGGGUUACGUGACUGUCCGGAAGGAUGCCCACAUGUUCUGGUGGCUCUAUUAUGCCACCAGCCCCUGCAAGAACUUCUCAGAACUGCCCCUAGUCAUGUGGCUUCAGGGUGGUCCAGGUGGUUCCAGCACUGGAUUUGGGAACUUCAAGGAAAUCGGACCCCUUGACAGUGAUCUCAAACCACGAAGAACUACUUGGCUCCAGGCAGCCAGUCUCCUAUUUGUGGAUAACCCCGUGGGCACCGGGUUCAGUUAUGUGAACAACAGCGAUGCGUAUGCAAAAGACCUGGCCACGGUAGCGUCAGACAUGAUGGUUCUCCUGAAGGUCUUCUUUGAUUGCCACAAAGAAUUCCAGACAAUUCCAUUCUACAUUUUCUCAGAGUCCUACGGAGGGAAAAUGGCUGCUGGCAUUGGCCUAGAACUUCAUAAGGCCAUUCAGCAAGGGACCAUCCAGUGCAACUUUGCCGGGGUUGCCUUGGGUGACUCCUGGAUCUCUCCCAUUGAUUCGGUGGUCUCCUGGGGACCUUACCUGUACAGUGUGUCUCUUCUCGACGACCAAGGUCUGGCAGAGGUGUCUGAGAUUGCAGAACAAGUCCUGGAUGCCGUAAACAAGGGACUCUACAAAGAGGCCACCAUGCUGUGGGGGAAGGCGGAAAUGGUCGUUGAAAAGAACACAGAUGGAGUGAACUUCUAUAACAUCUUAACGAAGAGCACCCCUGAGUCUGCAGCAGAGUUGAGUUUUGAAUUCACCCAGAGCCACCUAGUCCGUCUUUUCCAGCGCCACGUGAGACAACUGCAAGAGGAUGACUUGAGUCAGCUGAUGAACGGUCCCAUCAGAAAGAAGCUCAAAAUUAUUCCUGAAGACUGCUUCUGGGGAGGCCAGUCUACCAGCGUCUUCCAGAACAUGGAGGGGGACUUCAUGAAGCCGGUCGUCAGCAUUGUGGACGAGCUGCUGGAAGCCGGGGUCAACGUGACCGUGUAUAACGGGCAGCUUGACCUCAUCGUGGACACCAUGGGUCAGGAGGCCUGGUUGCGAAAACUGAAGUGGACAGAGCUGCCCAAGUUCAACCAGCUGAGGUGGAAGCCGUUGUACACUGACCCUAAAUCUUCUGAAACAUCUGCUUUUGUCAAGUCCUACAAGAACCUGGCUUUCUACUGGAUCCUCAGAGCUGGACACAUGGUCCCUUCCGACCAAGGGGACAUGGCUCUGAAGAUGAUGCGGCUGGUGACUCGGCAAGAAUAGGAUGGGCUGGGCUGGAGGUGAGCUGACUGGCCUUGGCACACGGGAAGCUGGAGCAUGCACCCUUCUCCCCUUGAAUCUGAUCUGGGGGCGGUGAGGGGGGAGAACCAGACCUGGGCUGUGGUUGUGAAAGUUCCUGUUGGCUUCCGCAGCGAACAAAAUCACUGCCCCUGUGGCAACUUGGAAAUCAUUUCUGCUUCGGAAAAAAAGUGAUUUUUUAAAAAAUGGUUUUGUUUUAAUCAGAGUGAAGCGUUGAAAUAGAUUAACGUUUUCUUAUCACAGAAGCAAAUGAUGUGAUUUAUAGAGAAAAGGAAAAUGCAGGUAAACAAUGAACAAAGUGAACCUGUACGCUCCUUUCAGGGAUAAGCACUGUUACCACUGUAGUGUAUGUCCUUGCACAUCUUUUUGUUUUGCUAUAUAUGCAUAUAUAUUUUUUACAAAAAAAAAAUGGAAUCAUUGCUCUUAUUUUAUGGUCUACUUUGUUCACAGAUCUGUAUGUCUUAAACACCUUUCUAUGUCAAUAAAUGUUCUCCUAUAAUGUU